AUGCCUGGACCGAAGAUCUACGGACCGGAGCCGCCUGACAAGCCGCCAUCCGGGUACUCGUACAUCACCUUGCGACGUGACGAUUUGGCUCAGAAGGCUGAGAAUGCGCAGAGGAAAAUGCAAGAGGUAAGCAACGACACUCUAGAAUUACGACAUACUUUCUGAUAAGUUGAGGGGCAAUAACUGUUUUAAAAACGGAGUUAUUAUGUAGCUCUGUCACGUAAAAUAGACCGCCCAUGCACUUUUAACACAUUCGAAGGCGCCUCAAACCCCACCACUCACACUGCAUCUACCUGAAUUGAGCACGUUCCAGAGCGAGUCAACCAUUCGAGUGACUUCACAGUACGAUCCGAAGAACCAGUCGCUCACCGUCUACAACUACGACCCGAAAGCAAAAACACCGUUCCACUACACUUCCAGCGUUGACCACUCCAAGGAAAGAUCUUCUUCUUGCCUCGACAUGAAAGAGAUCGGCUGCAAACAAGUGCCUAGAAAAAUCACUUUUGAAGCCUAA